CAGACGGGCGGAAUACUAAAAUCUCCCGUCUUUUGUGUCGAAGAAAACAAAUGCAAACACUGGGUGCAUGUAUUUAUUGAAAUUUAAAAGGACGAUGACAGUGGACUAUAAAGACCCCGGCACCGUUUCUUUGGUUAGGAAUUAUGCUUUUUGAAGUUGGACCACUUUUGACGUCUGUAGAGUUUGAACACUCUUAUACUCUUCUACUUUGAAAGAUGUACUAUAGUUAUUUCUUAACUGCGAGUUUUCGGCAGCAUACAGGAAUGUGUGACGGAAUACCGAAGCAGGACUAUUGGAUUAUUUUUAAAGUUUUGACUGUGGUUACCUGUCUGAUAGAGUUAGGAUACUGCGGCACCAUAGGCUAUUUGGUCCUGGACGGCGGCCGAGCGGAAUUGCCCUGUGAUGUCAACGUCACCACUGUGGAGGAUGACGUCACCCUGAUCUUGUGGCACAGGGAAGAUUCCGGAAGUCCCCUUUACAGUGUAGAUGCUAGAGAGACUACACUACCCAGUGCAAAGCACUUUCCGUCUAUCAACAUGAGCUCUAGAGCUUAUUUUAAUGCGUCCGGGUCACCGUCAGUGCUUAGGAUCGAUGGUGUCAAAAAAUCGGAGGAAGGGUUGUACAGAUGUCGGGUAGAAUAUAGAAGAUCGAGAACAGAGACGACAGAUGUUCUCCUCACAGUGAUAGUUCCGCCGAAAGAGGCAAUCAUCAUGGAUGAAUACGGACAACACCUCAGGGGCGUUAUCGGACCCUACAAUGAGGGAUUCCCACUGGGACUAGCUUGUGAAGGAGAAGGAGGUGACCCUUCCCCAGCCGUCAAGUGGUGGAGAGACGCUGAAUUGCUUGACGACUCCUACUACAUCACUCCACAGGGAUUUGCUCGUAAUGAACUGCUGCUCGCCAGCCUCAAGCGUACAGAUCUCAUGACCCAGUUGACGUGUCAAGUGUCCAAUUCCAAUCUAACCGCUCCUGUCACUAGCUCCGUCAUCAUUGACAUGAACUUAAAACCGACGGAUGUUCACAUCACCAGUAUGUACCGACCACUAUCUGUCGGCCAUCCUGCAGAGAUAGUGUGCGUGGCGAGAGGUGCUCGUCCCCCAGCGCAGAUCUCGUGGUGGUUGGAUGGGGAGAAGGUCACCUCCAGAAUCACAGAGAGCACAGCCAGAGAAGAAAACUUGACCGUCAGUAGUCUAGUGUUCAACCCCAACAAACACGACAACCAAAGAAACUUGUCCUGCAGAGGAGACAAUCCUCAAGUGCCAGACAGCGUUCUAGAAGACACAUGGGUACUUGAUAUCCACUUUCCUCCUGAACUGGAUGUAAAGAUAAACAAACAAGUUCCUGUUCUUGAAGGCACGGAUGUCAGCAUGACGUGUGUCGUGCGAGCCAAUCCACCAAUCGCUGAACUGGAAUGGCUGAAGGAUGGUCAAUCGCUGGGUCCUCCUGCUCGUCGCGAUACCCGAAACAGGACACUCAACAUUGCUUCUACUUCCAUAGAACACAAGGGCCGUUAUCAAUGCUCUGCCAUCAAUAGCGAAGGAAAGACCUUUAGUGAGCCAAAGUUCCUCCAGGUUCACUAUGCACCUCGUUGUCAUUCAGUCCGCAGUAGAGUAUAUGGUGUUGGCAGAACUGAAUCAGUAUCUGUAGCAUGCGAAGUUGAUGCUAGUCCAAGUGAGGUAUCUUUCACAUGGGCUUUGGAUGGAGCCAAGAUUUUAGCCGCUGAACAGUAUCAUACCAAUGGCACACACAGCGUAGCUACUGUGUCUCCAAGAUCACCACAAGACUAUGGAGUUCUGAUGUGCUGGGCCAGCAAUGUUGUUGGCCGGCAAAGAGAACCAUGUACUUUUCGAAUAAUACCUGCCGGUCCACCUGAAGAACCCAAGAACUGCAUCAUCACAAAUCGCACAGUGAAUUGUAUAUACUUAGAGUGCGAGCGGGGACACGACGGAGGACUCCAGCAACUUUUUCAGUUGGAAGUUUUCGGAACAGAUUCGGACAAGUUCUUGGCGAACGUGACCGCUCACAAUGCUCCAGUCUUUACUGUUUGUUCAUUACCUCCUAAAGAGUCUUUUGUCCUCGUUGUUUACUCCAUUAACAGUAAGGGAAAGAGUAAGCAGAUCGCCAUACACGCCAGUACUAUGAGCUUGAAUGGUAACAAUGAUGAUGAUGAUUCAGGAACAUUUAUUGCUGUACUUGGUGUUGUCAUCGGUACCAUAUCUGUUUUAAUCUUGCUUGGAGUUGUUAUUUUACUCACUGUAAAGUUACACUCAAAAAGGAGAGCUUCAAAAGGUAGAGAAUACCGUAAUGACGAAACUAAAACUGAUUCACAUCUCACGAAAGAAUGUAAAGAGCCAUGCGUAGCUAGCAGUCAAGGACCAGACAUUAUACCUGAGAAAAGCUAUUUUCAAGAACGAUCAGAUUCAUUGCCAAAAGUAAUAGAAGUAGAACAAGGAGUCAAUCCUUCUCUGUCUACCAGCGAUCCAAGCAACAGGAAAUACAGAGAAUUUCAAAGCGUAUCCUAUCCAGAUGACCCUACUCUCAUUACUACACCCCAGAAGCUUCACAUAACUAAAGCAGAGGGUGAAAUUGAAAUACUCGACUCUCGAAGUACAGUGGAGACUCCUCUCAUUUCAAGCAUAAAUCCAAUUCUCCAGCAAUGGCCAAAUCAUAAAAAAGAAACUGUUCGACUUUCAACUCCAGUUUGAAGACAUCUACUGGAAGAAUAAAAUAGAUGGUUCCAUUGGAUUUUGCUCUCCAAAGAAUGGAAAAUUCCUUCACAAGCCAUUAACAUCUUUCUUUGGUAGUUAUUGUGACUUGACAGCUAAUUUUAAAUAUUAACAAGAAGAUUCUGGCUAUCUGUGAAAAAAUUAAAAGAUGGGACUGGAGCAAAAUUAGAGUUUAUGUUCAUACUUUUUUUAUAUGAAUUUCAGCAGCUAAGAUGGUAACUUAAAGAGACAUUUCAAUGGAAGAGGCAUUCUUCAAAAGUUCGAAUGACCAUCUGACUUUUGAAAAAGAUACAACAAAUAGUAGUAAAUAAGUGUUACAACGUUACAACAUAUUGACGACGUUCUGAUAUCAGAAAAAUAUUUUGCUUUAUCAAAUUUUGCUUAUAUGUCUGCUUCAUACUUUUGUUGAGAUGUACUGAAUGAAGGUUUAUGAGCAUAAUUGUUUAUGUAAAGUAUUAAUGAUAAUGAAUUAGGUAAUUCUUACGGAGAACUGAUUACAAUUUUUGAGAAAACAAAAUUUAUUUCAAUUAUGGAAUCGGUUAUGGAAAUUAUCUCAUUUGAUAGAAAUCGGUAGAAAUUAAGAAAUAUCUGGCAUAAUUGUGAAAUCAUUAAUGAGAAUAACGAAUCAUGAAUUUAAAAU